GGAAGAUAAGUUGAUGCAGUUAAAUAAAGGUCCUUUGAAGGUUGUCUACGAUGCAUUUUAUGAAGGAUUGGCAAGAUGAGGAAAAAGAAGUAUUUUUGGAUAUUGCUUGCUUUUUCACCAACGAGGACCAAACGUAUCCAGAGAAAUCAAGGUCUGGAAGCACUAAGCUUGACUUCCAGUGGUGGCUGGAGGAGUAUCUAUACGGCUGAAGAAUUAGCUGCUGCAUCAAAAUUAAGAUUCCUUAGAAUGAAAGGCCUGGAUGGCAUCGUUGAGAAUCUUCUUCCGAAGCCAGGAAUGCCUUUUGGGGAAACAUUGGGGAUGGCUUUCCAUGCAAAUAACUUUCACUUCAGUAAUUUGGUCAUGUUCGACCUUUCAGAUAGCAAUAUUGGAGAUGGCUGGGAUGGGUGGAGCCAAAUGAAGACGGCAAAAAAGUUGAAAGUUUUGGACCUGAGAAACUGCAAAUGCUUAACAAGGACACCUGACUUGUCUAACUUCCUGGAUUUGGAGAUACUGAUAUUUGCUGGCUGCUCCAAGUUAAUUACGGUUGAUUGCUCAAUUAGUAAGCUACAGCUGUUAAAAACUCUCAAUAUGGAUGGAUGUGACUCUAUUGAGGAGUUGCCUGAAGAGGUUGGUUCUUUAGAAUCUUUAACAGAGUUCAUCUUCUCCGGAUCUUCCAAAUUGGUCACACUCAAAGAGAGUUUUGGGAAUUUGAAAUCUUUGUCAACCUUCAAUGUAAAUUAUUGCAAGGGAAUGAACAAACUCUCGAACUCUAUUGGAGGAUUAGCAAAAAUCACAUGUUUCUCUAUAAAAGGAUGUGAGGGGAUAAAGAAGCUCCCACACUCUCUCUGGGGUUUAGAAUCACUGGUCAAGUUGGAUUUGUCAUUCUCAGGGAUAGACAUUCUCCCUGAAUCCAUUGGAAAUCUGAAGAAACUCAAAGCCAUCAACAUGGGACAUACAAAGUUAAAAAGGUUACCGAACGCAAUUGGACAGCUAGAGAUGCUUGAAGAGUUACAUUGCCCAGAGUGUCCCGAUCUAUUAGGCGAAGUCCCAAAUGCUAUUGGGAAUCUUUUCCAUUUGCAGAUCUUGGACUUGUCAUGUACUCGUAUUUCUAGUUUGCCAGACACAAUCACUCAUCUCUCUCACCUAGAAGAGUUACAUGUCCGAAAUUGUAGAAAUCUUAUGAGUGAAAUCCCAUAUGCAAUUGGUGAACUAUCCCGCUUGAGGAUCUUGGACUUCUCUGGUACUCGUAUUUUUGGUUUGCCAACCACGAUCACUCAUCUCUCUCACCUAGUAGAGUUACGUGUCCGGGAUUGUAGGUGUUUUAUGGGUGAAAUCCCAGAUACAAUUGGUAGACUAUCUCGCUUGAAAAUCUUGGACUUCUCUGGUACUUGUAUUUUUGGUUUUCCUACCACGAUCACUCAUCUAUCUCACCUAGAAGAGUUACGUGUCCGGUAUUGUGGGUAUCUUACUAGUGAAAUCCUAAAUGCAAUUGGGGGACUAUCCUACUUGAGGAUUUUGGACUUCUCUGGUACUUGUAUUUCUGAUUUGUCUGCCAUGAUCACUCAUCUCUCUCGCCUAGAAGAGUUACGUGUCCGGUAUUGUGGGGAUCGUAUAGUUAAAAUCCCAUAUGCAAUUGGGGGACUAUCCCGCUUGAGGAUCUUGGACUUCUCUGGUACUCGUAUUUCUGGUUUUCCUUCUAUGAUCACUCAUCUUUCUCACCUAGAAGAGUUACGUGUCCAUGUUUGUGGGGAUCUUACGGGUAAAAUCCUAGAUGCAAUUGGGGGACUAUCCCGCUUGAGGAUCUUGGACUUCUCUGAUACUCGUAUUUCUGGUUUGCCUGCCAUGAUCACUCAUCUCUCUCGCCUAGAAGAGUUACGUGUCCAUGAUUGUUGGGAUCUUAUGGGUAAAAUCCCAGAUGCAAUUGGGGGACUAUCCCACUUGAGGAUCUUGGACUUCUCUGGUACUCGUAUUUCUGGUUUUCCUUCCACGAUCACUCUUCUUUCUCGCCUAGAAGAGUUACAUGUCCAAGGUUGUCGGCAUCUUAGGGGUGAAAUCCCAGAUGCAAUUGGGGGACUAUCCCGCUUGAGGAUCUUGGACUUCUCUGGUACUCGUAUUUCUGGUUUUCCUUCCACGAUCACUCAUCUUUCUCACCUAGAAGAGUUACAUGUCCAGUAUUGUGGGGAUCUUAGGGGUACAAUCCCAGAUGCAAUUGGGGGACUAUCCUGCUUGAGGAUCUUGGACUUCUCUAGUACUCGUAUUUCUGGUUUUCCUUCCACGAUCACUCAUCUUUCUCGCCUAGAAGAGUUACGUGUCCGGGAUUGUGAGGAUCUUACGGGUAAAAUCCCAGAUGCAAUUGGUAGACUAUCUCGCUUGAGGAUCUUGGACUUCUCUGGUACUCGUAUUUCUGGUUUGCCUGCCACGAUCACUCAUCUCUCUCGCCUAGAAGAGUUACGUGUCUUGUAUUGUGGGGAUCUUACGGGUAAAAUCCUAGAUGCAAUUGGGGGACUAUCCCACUUGAGGAUCUUGGACUUCUCUGGUACUCGUAUUUCUGGUUUUCCUUCCACAAUCACUCAUCUUUCUAACCUAGAAGAGUUACGUAUCUGGGAUUGUGAGGAUCUUACGGGUAAAAUCCCAGAUGCAAUUGGUAGACUAUCUCGCUUGAGGAUCUUGGACUUCUUUGGUACUCGUAUUUCUGGUUUGCCUGCCACGAUCACUCAUCUCUCUCACCUAGAAGAGUUACAUGUCCGGGAUUGUGAGGAUCUUACGGGUAAUAUCCCAGAUGGAAUUGGCAGACUAUCCCACUUGAGGAUCGUGGAUUUCUCUGGUAUUCGUAUUUCUGGUUUGCCUACCACGAUCACUCAUCUUUGUUACAGGUUUUACAUCUUAUCACCUAGUUAG